CUCUCUCCCGUCCGCCGUUUCCUUUCUCCCCCCAGUCCUCUCCUGCCCCCCUAUCCUGCCCCUCUCUAUUUAUGAAAACGUCACUUCAAGUCCCUCCCUGUUUGAAUCUCAUUAGUUUCUUGUGUGUUUCUCCCUGUCAAUAAUCCCGAAUCCAGACUCUCUCUAUUUCCAUCCCUCUCUAUCUGUCAAUCAGCGCCGCCUUUGAACUGAAAACCACUCCGACCAACUUCAACUCCUCAAUCCGAGCGGCUCAGCUCCAUCUCCGGCUUCUUUUUCUGCCAAGAUUCCCCUCUUUUGAGUUUGUACUAACCGCCAGUGCUUGGAAAACGCCAAUACAGACCCUAAACUUAAACUCGGAUCCGGGAUCACUAAGAUCAAGGGUUUAAAACUUUGUGUUUUUGCCCCCAAAAUUGCUCGGGAAAAAUGCCGCAGCUCAACGGCGGUGGAGGGGACGAUUUGGGUGCGAACGAUGAAAUGAUUUCCUUCAAAGACGAAGGGGAACAGGAGGAAAAAAUUUCGGAGAACUCUUCUGCAGAAAGGGAUUUAGCAGACGUCAAAUCUUCUCUUGUAAACGAAUCAGAAACGAAUCAAAACAGCUCGUCAGAUUCAGAGGCGGAAAGACGGCCUCCGCCUAGAUCUGAAACUUUCAGAGACAAAACAAGAGAAAGUUUAGAGGAGGCUGCGAAGCGGCAAGAUGGAGGGCUGUUCAAGAGCCCACCGUACCCGGGCUAUCCGUUUAUAAUGAUCCCUGAUCUUACGAGCCCGUACCUCCCGAACGGAUCACUUUCUCCAACAGCACGCACAUACCUGCAGAUGAAAUGGCCGCUGCUCGAUGUCCAGGCCGGAGGCCUCCAGAGCAGGCAAGCGCUAAAAGACGCUCGCUCACCCUCGCCAGCACACAUCGUCGGGCCCUUCUGCUUGGAGCUGGCUGGACAGACAGAUCUCAGCCUACACCAAUUUCAGUUGUCUAAUAAGGUCCCAGUGGUCCAGCACCCUCACCAUGUGCACCCUCUCACGCCACUGAUCACGUACAGCAAUGAGCAUUUCACCCCCGGCAACCCACCCCCCCACUUACAGACAGACGUGGACCCCAAAACAGGCCCCCCACCCCCUCCCGGACAUCUCCCGUGCACCACCCCCCUGUCGCCCCAGGCGCCCGUUGGCUAAUUCAAGCAUCCUCUGGGAUGGCUAGUACCACAGCAAGGCCAGCCAGUUUAUCCAAUCACGACAGGAGGAUUCAGACACCCCUACCCCACUGCCCUCACAGUCAAUGCAUCCAUGCAAAGGUUCCCCCCCCACAUGGUGCCCCCCCACCACAGUUUGCACUCGGCCACGGGCAUCCCCCACCCUGCCAUCGUCACACCCAGCGUCAAGCAGGAGUCCUCCCACAGCGACAUCGGCUCCCUCAACAGCUCGCAGGCUAAAGAAGCAGAAGGCGAAGAAGAAACCUCCAUUAAGAAGCCGCUGAACGCCUUCAUGCUCUACAUGAAGGAGAUGCGCGCCAAGGUGGUGGCCGAGUGCACGCUGAAGGAGAGCGCCGCCAUCAACCAGAUCCUCGGGGGCCUUAGGUGGCAUGCCUUGUCGCGGGAGGAGCAGGCCAAGUACUAUGAGCUGGCCAGGAAAGAGAGACAGCUCCAUAUGCAGCUCUACCCCGGCUGGUCAGCACGAGACAACUAUGGGAAGAAGAAGAAGAGGAAAAGGGAGAAACAGCAGGCAGAGGGCGCCGAACACAGGGAGUACUUCCCAAACCCUUGCCUCUCCCUCCCUCCAAUCACAGAUGCCAAUGCUCCUAAGAAGUGUCGUGCCUUGUUCGGUCUCGAGCAGCUCAGUUUAUGGUGCAAACCAUGCAGGAGGAAAAAGUGUAUCCAUACAUCCAAAGGCGAUAGCUGCCUGCCCCCCUCCCCUCUGAAGGGGGGCUUACUGGACUCCCCGCCCUGUUCCCCUCCCUCCGCCCCCCCCAAACCGCAGGCUGAACAGAUGCAGCCUCUCUCACUGACUCUCAAGCCCCCGCUCCACCCAUCCACACUCAGUGCCAAUACUGCAGCACUGCAUGGUGUUCCACUCUUGACAUCUCAUCCCACCUGCCUCUCGUCCCCACCUGCCUCUCGUCCCCACCUGCCUCUCGUCCCCACCUGCCCACCUGCCUCUCGCCCCACCUGCCCACCUGCCUCUCGCCCCACCUGCCUCUCGUCCCCACCUGCCCACCUGCCUCUUGUCCCCACCUGCCCACCUGCCUCUCGUCCCCACCUGCCUCUUGUCCCCACCUGCCCACCUGCCUCUCGUCCCCACCUGCCUCUCGUCCCCACCUGCCUCUCAUCCCCACCUGUCCACCUGCCUCUCGUCCCCACCUGCCUCUCGUCCCCACCUGCCCACCUGCCUCUCGUCCCACCUGCCUCUCAUCCCCACCUGCCUCUCAUCCCCACCUGCCUCAUCCCCACCUGCCUCUCGUCCCCACCUGCCUCUCGUCCCCACCUGCCCACCUGCCUCUCAUCCCCACCUGCCUCUCAUCCCCACCUGCCUCCUGGAUCCCCCACCUGCCUCCUGGGUCCCCACCUGCCUCUGGGUCCCCACCUGCCUCAUCCCCACCUGCCUCCUGGGUCCCCACCUGCCUCCUGGGUCCCCACCUGCCCACCUGCCUCUGGGUCCCCACCUGCCUCUGGGUCCCCACCUGCCUCUGGAGUCCCCACCUGCCUCUCGUCCCCACCUGCCCACCUGCCUCUUGUCCCCACCUGCCCACCUGCCUCUCGUCCCCACCUGCCUCUCAUCCCCACCUGCCUCCCGUCCCCACCUGCCCACCUGCCUCUGGGUCCCCACCUGCUCUGGUCCCCACCUGCCUCUCAUCCCCACCUGCCUCAUCCCCACCUGCCUCCUGGGUCCCCACCUGCCUCUGGGUCCCCACCUGCCUCUGGUCCCCACCUGCCUCCUCGUCCCCACCUGCCUCCUGGUCCCCACCUGCCCACCUGCUCUCAUCCCCACCUGCCUCCUCAUCCCCACCUGCCUCUGGGUCCCCACCUGCCUCUGGAGUCCCCACCUGCCUCCUGGGUCCCCACCUGCCUCUCAUCCCCACCUGCCUCUCGUCCCCACCUGCCUCUCAUCCCCUGCCUCUCGUCCCCACACCUGCCUCUCGUCCCCACCUGCCUCUCGUCCCCACCUGCCCUGCCUCUCGUCCCCACCUGCCUCUCGUCCCCACCUGCCCACCUGCCUCUCGUCCCCACCUGCCUCUCGUCCCCACCUGCCUCUCGUCCCACCUGCCUCUCGUCCCCACCUGCCUCUCGUCCCCACCAAAGCCGCCUCUCAUACGUCAUGUUGUGA